UAUGCAUGUGGUUGUGGUGAAAGAGGCAAAUUUGAGCACGGGAAUAGGAGCAGAUAAUCAGAAAACAAUGGCCGUAGCAAUAGGAAGAAGCUUCUCCAUUCAGCCCGGCUCUUUAUUCAACAACAAGAGCUUGGAUAGAGGUUCACCAGCUGGAAGAUUAUCGUGGCUUGGGGAUGGUGCUGCUGCCACUCCACGUUAUAGGCAAACUUGUGUUGGGGCGCAACAGCGACCUACAUGGCUCCCAGGACUUGAUCCCCCACCUCAUCUUGAUGGAACUCUUGCUGGAGAUUUUGGGUUCGACCCACUUGGACUUGCAGAGGAUCCGGCAAGCUUAAGGUGGUAUGUGCAGGCAGAGCUGGUUCAUUGUCGCUUUGCAAUGCUUGGGGUCUUCGGAAUUCUAGUGACAGAUCUACUUCGCGUCACAGGAAUUAGUAAGAUACCGGUUUGGUUUGAAGCUGGUGCGGUAAAAUACGACUUUGCCAAUACAAAGACACUCUUCCUUGUUCAACUAGUUCUGAUGGGGUUUGUGGAAACUAAAAGGUAUAUGGAUUUUGUUAGUCCUGGAUCUCAAGCUAAAGAGGGGUCCUUCUUUGGAUUGGAAGCUUCACUGAAAGGCUUAGAGCCAGGGUACCCUGGGGGUCCUCUGCUAAAUCCUCUUGGCCUAGCUAAAGAUAUUAAUAACGCUCAUGACUGGAAGCUUAAAGAGAUUAAGAAUGGGCGACUCGCAAUGGUGGCAAUGCUUGGCAUCUUUGUACAAGCUUCAGUGACUCAUGUUGGACCAAUUGAUAAUCUUGUGGAGCAUCUUUCCAAUCCAUGGCAUAAAACAAUUAUUCAGACCCUUGCCAAUUCUAGCUCUUAGUUCUAGAAAGUACUGUAUGAAUAUGUGGCUUGGGCUUGAGCUUAUCCAUAAAAUGAAAUUACUUUUUAUUUUUCCACCUCGAUCAUACUGUGGUCAAGGAUCAAGUUUAGAUGUAAGGGUCUUGAAGCACAUUCUAUUACAUUUUCAAUUGAUUUAAUUAUUUGUUUAAGCUUUGGGGAAA